AUGGUGUAUGCCAUUCAAAGACCUUUGGAAUAUCUCCGGCACUUCUACAGCUACCCUCCCAACUCCAAAAGACAGAAGCGGACGGCAGAGAGCGCUGACGGCGAAUGGACGACUGACCUUUGUGCAAAAGUGCAGAAGAUGCAGCGGUUCUUUGGUUUACCUCCAAGUGGAGAACUCACCAAAGAGACGUUGGCUGUGAUGAAGAGGCCUCGAUGCGGUCUUUCAGAUGUGGAGAGAUUUGAUGAGACGUUUCGCUGGAAGAAGCGCUAUCUCAGCUACAGGAUCACUGGCCAGAACCUCCCCGUCCAACAGGGCUUUAAACUCUUCAGAAAAGCCUGGAAUCUGUGGUCCACAGUCAUACCCAUUCAGUUUCGGAAGAGGAGAAGAAGAGAGGCAGACAUAGUCAUAUCCUUCCACAGUGGCGAUCACAAAGAUGGAUCGCCCUUCGAUGGCAAAGGAGGAAUCCUGGCACAUGCCUUCCUGCCUGGGGUUGGUAUUGGUGGUGAUGUGCACUUUGAUGCGGAUGAAGAAUGGGACCUAAACAUUACUGGUUUUAGUCUGUUUGCAGUGGCAGUGCAUGAAUUUGGCCAUGCACUAGGCCUGCCACACUCUCCGGACCCCGGAGCAGUGAUGUAUCCCUCUUACAAUUUCUCGCCCAACAAUGAGCUCCAGCUCUCUUACAGUGACGUCAGGGACGCCCAGCACAUGUACGGUGAUCGAGGAUUCCACUCCCUGAAACCUCCUCCACGAACCCCUGAGAAAUGUGACCCUGAUUUGUCUUUUGAUGCGGUUUCAAAGUUACAACAAGAGCUGAUACUUUUCAAAGACAGGUUUUUGUGGAGGAAGCAUCCUCGCUUUGAGGAAACAGGGAUCACUCUCAUCAGCAGCCUUUGGACACAUAGUGUUCCUUCCCAUCUGGAUGCCGUCUACGAAAACGGGGCGCAGAACUAUGUAGCAUUUUUCAAAGGUCAUCAGUACUGGGUCAUGAGGCAGUUGAAACUUGAAGAAGGAUUUCCAAAAAACAUCUCAAGCUUGGGAUUCCCUUCCAGAAUACAAUCCGUUGACGCUGCUCUACAUUUCCGCUUCGAGCGUUACACUGUGUUUUUCACCGGAGCAGAGUGUUGGAGAUAUGACGAGGAGCGAGAAAGGAUGGACCGAUCCCCAGCACUGAUAGAGGAGCAGUGGCCCGGGGUUCCAGCUCCUGUGGACGCUGCUGUCUUUCACGAAGGCAGUGUGCAUUUCUUCAAGGGAAACACCGACUAUAUUUAUGACCCCAAGUCCAAACGUGUCGUCUCCACCGGCCCAGUUAAUGACCUGCUGGAAUGCAGCAAGCAGGAAAACAAUGAGAUUCUGAGCCAUGAGUGA